AUGUUUCCCCGGAAGUACUCUGACAAAUGUCGCCAAGUGAAAGACUUGAGAGCGGUGGAGGACGCGUUCGUGGCGGUCCUCAAGAUGCAUUUUGACGGUAUUGAAUUAGACCUGUUGUUCGCAAGAUUAGCUUUCAAAGAGAUACCUGACUCAUUGAACCUCAAUGACACUAUGCUGCUGAAAAACUUGCAUCAAAAGUGCGUUCGUUCAAUGAACGGUUGCCGAAACACCGAAGAGAUAUUAAGGCUGGUGCCUAAUAUCAACAACUUCCGUCUCACACUGCGCGCCAUCAAACUGUGGGCUAAACGUUUGGUGAUUACAGACGAGAAACUUGCCCUGCAUGUUCUCGUCUGUAGUGGUUGGGAGAAAUUUUUCAACGCUCCAAACUUCUUCUCCCGAUACAAACACUUCAUGGUAUUGUCGGUGGAAGCCGUUCAGGCCGAUGAGCAAUGCAGUGGUGUGGUCUCAUCCAGUCUCGUAUCAAACACCUCCGACACUAGAAGGGAAUCGGCACAUAACAACUGCUCACGUGAACACGGAGUGCUACAAUUCUACACCGCUGCAUUUCCUGCGUUGGCAGGAAAUCCACUGCCACCAGACUUUCCACACAGUUCAUCAGUACCCAUAGAUCCAGUGCCUGAACUCAAAGGAAAUGAAAAACUAAGUGAUACGAACUUAGUAUCAGUAAAUACUUAUAUGAUUAUUUAUUUUUAA